UGAAAUUAAAUCAUUAUGGCAAUGAUUUCAUCAACAAUGAUGAUGAUGACAAAAUUUUCUUCAUGCAUUUCGAUUGUAAUAUUGAUAAUCAUUUGCUUAUAUUCAAAUAAUGAUCAUCUAUUAUCAUUUAUCAAUAAUCAUCACCCAAAUUUAUAUGUGAAUGCAGCCAAUGAUGAUGGCUCUGUGGAUGGCGUUCCAUGUAUUGAUAAUGGAAAAUUCUAUCGUAAUCCUGAAGCAAUUGGUAUUCGUGAUUGCGCCCGUUAUUAUUGGUGUCCAAGCCAAAAAGUAUUACAAUUUCGUUGUUCAGCUGGUCUUUGGUUCGAUAUAGACAGACAGAUUUGUGAUUUUAAAUUUAAAAUAGAUAAUUGUGAAAAAUCACACGAUGCAAGUACACCAAAACCAUUGCUUUCGACUGAUGAACCAAUAUGUCCUUCCGGACAAUUAGCUUGUGCAAACCGAAAAUGCAUUAAUCGUGAUCUAUUCUGUGAUGGACAAAAAGAUUGCGAUGAUUGGUCAGAUGAAUCCUAUUGCGAUCCAGAUUCGGAUCCAAAUUCACCACCUCGAUGUGAUGCUAAUAAUUGUACAUUACCUGAUUGUUUCUGCUCGGUUGAUGGUACAUUGAUACCGGGUAAUCUAAAACCAGAAGAAACACCACAGAUUGUCAUUCUUACAUUCGAUGAUGCUGUUAAUAAUGAAAAUUGGGAAAUAUAUGAACGUAUAUUUGCACCGAAUCGUACAAACCCCAAUGGUUGCCCAAUUUCGACAACAUUUUUUCUUUCACAUGAAUACACCAAUUAUCGUCAUGUUCAAAAACUAUGGAACGAUGGUCAUGAAAUUGGCAUCCAUUCAAUUACGUAUGUAUUUUUCAAAGAUAAAUUCAAAGAUGACAACAAAAUAAUUCCAAUUAAUUUCAUUUUUAGUCAUCGACAGCCCGAGCUUUGGUGGACAUUUAACGCUACGAUGGAAGAUUGGUUUGAUGAAUUUGCCGGUAUGGCUAAUAUUAUCAAUCGUUUUGCUGGAAUUCCAUUGGAUGAACUUCGUGGAACUCGUGUUCCUUUUUUACGUGUCGGUUGGAAUACACAAUUCAUCAUGAUGAAAGAAUUUGGAUUUCUUUAUGAUUCAUCAAUGGUAGCACCUAGAUCUGAUCCACCAUUAUGGCCAUUUACAUUAGAUUACCGAAUACCACAUAAAUGUCAUGGAUCGCGUCAACGUUGUCCAUCGCGAUCAUUCAAUGGAAUGUGGGAAAUGAUUAUGAAUCCUUUCGAUAUUGAGGGUCAUAUUUGUGCCAUGGUUGAUUCAUGUCCUACACAUUUAUCCGAUGAAGAAGUUUAUGCCAUGUUGAAAGAUAAUUUUAAUCGUCAUUAUCGUACAAAUCGUGCACCUUUUGGUCUUUACUUUCAUACGAUUUGGUUCAAAGAAAAACGUAACUUUGCCAUUCUUACACGAUUUCUUGAUGAAUUACUUCAGAAUAAGGAUAUUUAUAUAAUCACAAAUUAUCAGGCCAUUGAAUGGAUGCGAACACCUACACCGUUAUCACAGUUGGCCAAUUUUGAACCAUUUAAAUGCAAACGCGAUAUUGAUCCGAAUCUAAUCGCUUGUAAUCAUCCAAAAUCAUGUAAACUAAAUUCACGUCAAGUAAAAGGUGAACGUUAUCUUCAUACCUGUUUCGAAUGUCCUGAUGUCUAUCCAUGGGUUAAGAAUGAAUUUGGUCUUGAGUAUUAGGUUCGUUUGACUUUAUCUCACAUUGAAAUCAUCGAUCAUUUUUUCUAUUUCUCACUCUCAAUUCAAAGCGUUGUAUUUUUUUCUAUAAUAAUUAUAAUCUAAUUAAAAAAAAAUUCAAAAUGAUA